AUGGCUAGCACAAUCACAGUGUUGAAGACCUCUCCUGUUCGACUUGGGGGUGAGGUCGAUGAGUCAACAGUGUACUUUCAUCGACUUUUUUGGACAUUUCCACCCUGCAUCGAGGCCUUCCGACAUUGCAAGUCCCUCGUGAGUAUUGACGGUAUCCACUUGUAUGGCAAGUAUGGAGGCACACUGCUGUUGGCGAUAGCGCAAGAUGGGAACUCGAACAUCCUCCCGGUAGCCUUCGCCCUUGUGGAGGGAGAAAAUGCAGAGUCAUGGUCAUUCUUCUUGUCCAACCUACGAUCGCAUGUGACGCCACAGGAGGGUAUCCUUGUUAUCUCUGACAGGCAUAAUGGCAUCAAGGCUGCACUUGAGGCCCCAGAGAAUGGUUGGCUGCCUCCACAUGCUUUUCGAGCGUACUGUAUUCGUCAUGUGGCGGCGAAUUUUGCCCUUAGCUUCAAAGGUAAAGAUGCAAGGAGGAUGCUGGUCAAUGCUGCCUAUGCAAAAACUGAAGCAGAGUUUUAUUACUGGUUUGACAUCAUGCGAACUGAGAAUCCGUCAAUGUGUGACUGGGCCAACCAGAUGGAAUACGACAAAUGGACCCAACACGAGAAUAGUGGCAGACGGUUCGGACACAUGACAACCAACAUUAGUGAAUGUGUGAAUUCCAUGUUAAAGGGAACUCGCAACCUCCCGGUCACAUCGUUGGUGAAGUCCACUUACGGGAGGCUUGCUGAACUAUUCGUGGUCCGCGGACAAACAGCCGAGGCACAACUUGGAUCUGGGCAUGAAUUUUGUCGGGCGUUGGUGAAGGCUAUUGAUCGGAACAUAAGAGACUCAAGGUGCUUCACCGUGACGUUGUACGACAGGCACCAAUCGGAGUACACCGUGGUUGAGACAACACCGACCGGGAACUUCUCGCUAGGUAGCUAUCGAGUUUCCCUUAAGGAUCACACCUGA